AUGGAGAACUUGCAGAUCCAUUCAAGGAGCUACAUUGUGCGAUGGAUCCACGUCAAUGAAGGCCACUCGAUUGGAUGGAGUGUGCAACCGCACAAGAAGAGCAUCAACUUCGGCAUCUUCAAACACCCUGGAACAAAAAAUGGCCUUGCUCCUGGAAUGCCAAACUCGUCGUCUGCCACCCUCGAACCCCCGCCGAGCGCCCACAGUAACGACGAACCCGUGAACGAUGGGAGAAAGAGAGGGAGUUCGGUUGCCAAACACGAGGCCAGCACUGUCAUGGAGAAGUUGCAUAACAUUGGCUUGCGCUGUGUCGAGUGGGUCGGCAACUGCGAAGCUGAUAAGGUCAGAGUCGGCACCUACCAUGUCGCGCCUGGACAGGGAGGCAUGUACGGCCUUGUGUUCGACAACACCUUCAGCAAGACCGUCUCCAAGACUGCGACGCUGGUCCUCAUGACACAUCCCACAAACGCCCCGCCAAAGUCGAGAGCUCAGCUCAAGGCUCAACCGAGUACGCAGAAUCUCAAGGCCAGCCCGCGCAUCUCUGCUACACCUGGCGCGUCUGUCGAGUCGUUGAGAAAAGAGUUGGAAAAGACACAAUCUGCUAAGCGCACAAGAGCUUCGUUCCACCCAUCGCUGAUGCCUCACGACAUCCAUAGUGGCACUUUGGGCAAGCGUCGCAGAAAGAAGGGUCAAGGUUACGCUCGUCGUUUCUUUUCGCUCGACUUUACCUCUGGCACACUGUCCUACUACCGCAACAGCCAUGCUUCGGCUUUGCGUGGUGCCGUGCCGCUGUCUCUAGUCGCUGUGGGUGCUGACUCCAAGACUCGCGAAUUCUCGGUUGACUCUGGUGCAGAGGUCUGGCAUCUCAGAGCUAGCAACCAGAAAGACUUCGAGGAGUGGAGAGAGGCUCUUGAGCGUGCUUCGGCCACUGCUGUUUCUGGUCCUUCGACUCCCGCUGUCUUUACUCAGAACAGAAGUCCUUUCCCUGCUUCCUCGGAAGCUGUCACAUCGGUCGAGUGGGAGCGUGCAGAGGAGAUCGUCAGCAGAAUUUCUGGUUCUCGCGAUGCUCUACGCAGACUUGCUCAAGACACUGGUGUCCAGAUGUCUCCUUCCAUUGCAGCUGCUUCCCCAAGUGCCUCGUCUGUCGAGUCUUUUACAAACCCAUUCUUUGCAGAUACCGAAAAAGCCUGUACUACCAGCCACUCAGAAAGAUUGCCAUUCUGGAAGCGCAAGCCUAGUUCUGCCAGCAAGGAGGCUCCUGGCUUCAUACGCAAGACUUCAGGCCAACAGCUUGAAGUCCCGAACGGCUCCUCACCUACUACUUCCCAUCCGACUUCCCCUCUUCCCAACUAUUCAAACAAGCCAGCCCAUACUGCUUCUAUCACCAUGCAGGAGACCCACGAGCGAUGCUUGGCUCUUCUACGCGAUCUAGACAACGUGGUGAACGACUUCUCUGCUCUGCUGCAGGAGUCGAAAGCACGUCGCAUGCCAAUCAACCCAAAUCUGCUCGCUCCUGCUGCUUCCCGCAUGUCUAUUGAUUCGGUUUCUUCGCAAGAAUUCUUCGACGCCGAGGACGUGCCUUCGCAACUCUUGUCAAUCCGUAGAUCCAGCGAGGCUUCUAGAGAAGACGAUGAUCGAGAGUUCCAGGACAUUGCAUCUAAUGCAGGUGAUUCUGAUACUAGCAGCGAUGCUGGAGAUACCACAAUACUUUCCAACGACACGGCUGCUGUACCUGGCCACACCUCUCUCUUCCCUGCGAAGCCUACGCCAUUGACUUCCCCGCUACCGAAGAUCACGUACCGUUCCACCAUAUCACCACCCAAACAGCCUCCGCCAUCACUCAUUGGCUUCCUUAGAAAGAAUGCUGGAAAGGACCUUAGUACUGUCAGCAUGCCUGUCACCGCCAACGAGCCGCUCUCGGCAUUGCAGCGUCUCGCUGAACCUUUCGAGUCUGUUGAUCUAUUGCACAAGGCUUCAUCGUUUUCCUCACCAGAUAAAUCACUCGACCGACUCAUCCAUGUUGCCGCAUUCGCCAUCUCCAACUUCGCUAGCAACCGGGUCAAGGAAAGAGCAAUUCGCAAGCCUUUCAAUCCUAUGCUUGGAGAAACAUACGAACUCAUCCGCUCAGAUCUUGGCUUCCGCUUUGUUUCUGAGAAAGUGUGCCACCGGCCUGUACGCAUGGCUUUCCAGGCCGACGCCUUGGACUCGGCAUGGUCAUUGUCUCAAUCCCAACAACCCACUCAGAAGUUCUGGGGCAAGAGUGCUGAACUCAACACUGAAGGCAAAAUGAGAUUGGUGCUACACAAUGUGAACGGUGAGAAGUACUCUUGGACUUUGGCAACUUGUUUCCUCCGCAAUGUCAUUGCCGGCGAGAAAUACAUCGAGCCCGUCGAAAGCAUGACUGUUGUCAACGAAACCAACGGAUCAAAAGCUGUCGUCACCUUCAAAGCUGGAGGUAUCUUCUCUGGCCGCAGUGAAGAAGUGACAGCACAAUUCUACAAUGCUUCCUCAUCUUCGCCUCUUUCAGCCACUUUGACAGGCAAAUGGAUAGAAAGCCUUUCUCGCACUGACACGGGGGAAAACAUCUGGACCGCUGGACCUCUAGUUCCCAACGCUCCUAAAGUCUACGGCUACACUUCCUUCGCAGCCUGUCUCAAUCAGAUCGACGAGGCAGACAAGAAAGCAAUCUCACCCACUGACUCACGCUUACGUCCUGACCAACGCGCGCUCGAAGAUGGCAAAUCAGAUGAAGCGGAGGCACUCAAAGCUAAACUUGAAGAGCGUCAACGCGCUAGAAGAAAGGUCUUGGAAACACAUGGUGUGGAGUGGAAACCUAAAUUCUUUGAUCUUGUUAAGGGAGAAGAGGGUGACGAAGAGAUUUGGAGGUUGAGCACGGGCAAGAAUGGCUAUUGGGAACGCAGAGACAAGGGCGAUUGGAAGGAUGUGGAGACUGUGUUCGAGACGUGA